AAGUAAGUCGUCGUUUUACUCUUCUAAGUAGCCAUGGCCGACACUGCUGCACCAGCAAAGUCUCCAGCCAAGAAGAAGGCCGCAAAGCCUAAGGUGCCUGCUGCACAUCCUAAGUACAUUGACAUGAUUAGCGCCGCCGUUGCAUCUCUGAAAGAACGCGGUGGCUCAUCCAGACAGGCCAUUCUCAAGUACAUCAUGGCCAACUACAAAGUGGGCAACGAUGUAAACUCUAUCAACGCCCACCUGAAAAUGGCCCUGAAGAGCGGUGUUAAGAAAGGUGCUCUGAAGCAAGCAAAGGGUACAGGCGCUAGUGGCUCCUUCAAACUUGGAGACAAACCCAAGACCGAGAAGAAACCUAAAGCCAAAAAGGUUGCCAAGCCCAAGGCAGCCAAGCCCAAGAAGGCCGCCGCCAAGCCCAAGAAGCCUGCAGGAGAGAAGAAGGCCAAGACUCCCAAGAAGAAGACAGCAGCCAAGAAACCAGCCGGACCCAAGAAGACCAAGACCCCCAAGAAAAAGGCAGCCCCCAAGUCUCCAAAGAAGGCAGCAGCUAAGCCCAAGAAAGCCAAGACUCCCAAGAAGGCAGCAGCCACGAAAACCAAGACCCCCAAGAAGGCAGCCGCCAAGAAAUAA